GCGGAAAUCAGGCAGCGCGAGCUCUCUGAGCUACAGUUUGGCUGUGUGCGUGGCGUAUCAGCUCAGCCAAUCAGAGUGAGCCAGGUCACACGCAUGACCAGGAAGAGAAGAUGGCUGCAAAGAAUGGAAAGAAUGGUCUGCUACAAAAAUGGAAGAUUGACGAAAAACCUGUCAAGAUUGACAAAUGGGACGGUGCAGCUGUGAAGAAUUCUCUGGACGAUGCAGCUAAGAAGGUACUCAUUGAGAAGUAUGGUUACGUUGAGAACUUCAACCUUGUAGAUGGACGUCUUUUCAUUUGCACAGUCUCCUGCCUUUUUGCCAUUGUAGCCUUAAUUUGGGACUACCUGCACCCAUUCCCAGAGUCCAAGCCAGUACUAGCAUGCUGUGUUGUGUCAUAUUUCAUAAUGAUGGGCAUCCUAACUUUGUAUACCUCCUACAAAGAGAAAAACAUCUUUCUUGUGGCCGUCCAAAAAGACCCAACUGGCAUGGACCCGGAUCACAUCUGGCAGCUUUCAUCAAGUCUUAAAAGGUUUGAUGAUAAGUACACUCUGAAAGCAUCCUUUACAGAUGGAAAAACCAAGCAGUCUAGGACAACCGAGUUCACAAAGUCAGUCGGUGCAUUUUUUGAUGGAAACGGAACAUUGGUGAUGGACCAGUAUGAAAGGUGUGUGUCAAAGCUUCAUGACACAUUGGCAACGGAGAAGAAAACGAAGUAAAGUUGAUCAGAAACUUGUGUGUACCAGCAUUGCCCCAGCAAACACUGAUUUUGGGAGGGUGUGGGGGGUAUUUGAGGAGUUGAAUCUUUCACUGGGAAAGAGUGUGAUGUUAAUGUCCCUCUAAUGUUAGCCUACAGUGAAAAACAAAUGUUUAAAGUUUGUCCUGAUAUAACUGUUUUCAUUUGGCAUCACAAUAUUUGUAACUAAAGUUUCAGUUAGAGUACAUGUCUUGGUUGAACAUUCUGUGUGAAGCUAAAGUUUCUCAAUGAUUCCUUGUGACACUGGCCUGAUCCUCUUUAUGGAGAACAUGUGAGUGGUUAACAAAAUAUUAAAUAUCUUUCAGCAUCUGUUAAUAGACUGUUUUAUUGAAGUACUGAUGUCUCAGAAUUGCAUAUAUAUAUAUAUAUAUAUAUAUAUAUAUAUAUAUAUAUAUAUAUAUAUAUAUAUAUAUAUAUAUAUAUAAAUUUCAGUAAAGUGAUUGGUGUCUAAUUUCUUGGAUGUUUUUUCUGGGAAACCUCUAAGGGAUUGUUUAUUCAGAAAGCUGAACUGUUAGAAUAAUUAUUGUGAGAUCUGUUCCUUUUUAUUGCUUUAAAGGUCCAAAGGAACUUGGUGUUAUUGUAGCUUCUACAGGUCUCAUUGUGUUAGAGAGGCAGUCAAGUGCCAGUUUUUUUUUCUUCAUACCUUGUUCCGAGUCUGCAGGUAUGAAAGGGAGCCCAGAUGACUACACACAGCCAUGUGUGUUUUCUUCAGUCUCAACAAAUUAAUCAAAUUAAAUGGUUAAAAUAUUUAUUUUAUAAUAGUUAGUCAUCUCCUUAUACAGUUUUAUUUGAAUUGUAAAGUUACAGAAUAGCUACAGUCUGCCAUAAAAUUCACUGCUUUAACCAUUAUUGUGCUGCUGUUUGUCAAAAAAGCAUACAAUUAAAAUAAAGCUUUUAUCAUUUCUUUUUUUUUUUUACAGUU